AUGCCAGGCUGCAUUGAUUAUGCACGGUUCUUAAGUCGCGCAGCUUUGCGUCGACAACCAAGUGCUGUUCGUGAAGCAACUCAGUUAUUUGCACGAUCUCCACCGUCAACAAUCAGCUUUGCAUCAGGAAGUCCAAACACAUCAUUGUUUCCAUUCAAAGAUGCAACGAUAACUUUAACAGACGAUACAACUAUUCAUUUGGACUCAUCUGCAAUGGCUAAAGCACUACAGUACUUACCUACACCUGGUCAAGAGGAUUUGUUACAAUGGUUGAAAAAACUACAAAAUCGCUAUCAUUCUCCGAUUGAUUUCAAACGAUAUGAACUCUGUAUCACUAAUGGUUCAAUGGAAGGAUUAAGCAAAGUUUUUGAACUUAUUCUGAACUAUGCAGAACCAAUUCUUGUCGAUUCACCGUGCUAUUCCGGCUCUUUAGAUUGCUUACGUGGUUUCGGUGCUGAUGUUAUUAGUAUCAAUACAGACGCCAAUGGAAUGAGUGCCCAAAGCUUACAUGAGAUUCUAUCUAAUUGGUCUGAUCCAAAUACUUUGCCUCGAGUGCUCUAUACAAUUCCAAAUGGUUCGAAUCCGACUGGUGCAUCAAUGAAUCUCGAACGGAAAAAGGAGAUUUAUGCCAUUGCUCAAAAAUAUAACCUCAUAAUUAUUGAAGAUGAUCCGUAUUAUUUCCUUCAAUUUCAGAAACCUGACCCUUCAUUCCUCUCAAUGGAUACCGACGGUCGUGUUAUUCGACUCGAUUCAAUGUCUAAAGUUCUAUCAGCUGGUAUGCGUCUUGGGUUUGUUACAGCACCCGUUCCCCUUUGCCAUAAGUUGGUUUGUCAUCAGCAAGUGACUAGUAUGCAUGCAAGUGCUCUUUCGCAGAUGGUAGCAUUGAAGUUAUUUGAAAAAUGGGACUUGUCCGGAUUUCAUCAACAUACUGAACGUAUUGCGGAGUUUUACGGUAAACAAAAGACAUUGAUGGUUAAUGCAAUUCGAAAACACUUGAAAGGUAUGGUGACAUUCAAUGAACCGAAAGCAGGAAUGUUUGUAUGGUUGAAAGUAAAUGGCGUUGAAGACACAAGAAAAUUAAUUUACGAAAAAGCACUUGCACAAGAAGUCUUGCUCUUACCCGGUAGCGCAUUUUUUUACGACCAAUCUAAGACUUAUCCCUAUGUUCGCGUGUCUUAUUCAAUUUCUACACCUGAGCAAAUUGAAACAGGUAUGGCUCGUUUUGGUAAAGUUCUUCGAGAAGAACUAAAUAAAUAG